CUAUUUAGAGCUCAUUAUUAGCAGCCCUUCCUGAUGACAUCCUGGUCAACAUGUCCAACUGCUACCCCAAUGAUACUACUACAGAUGCCCUGGACCCUGCAUACUUGUCUUUGUUUUUAUCCAAGUUGGACAUGAACAAAACCAAUAUCAUAUUUGGAAGCCUAAACAACAAGUUUUCCAGCUUCAGUCCAGGAUGGAGGAAAUUCCUGUGGAAUGGGAUUUGGUCUCGACUCAUUCAGAAUCUGAAAAACCCAGUAGGUCCUAUCCAAUGGAUCCCCAGUAGCCUUCAGCCAUUCCUUGUUCAAAUUAACCCAGACAUGGUGAAUUGCCUGCAGCAGCAGAAUGUAACCUGUGGAAUUUUCCAGGAACUGGUGAAGAAUCUAGACAUGGCAUUCCCCAACAUGACAGAUAUGAAAAAGCAAGAACUGUUCCCCGCCCUGAAAUCACUCCUCGCCAACCAAAAGAAAGUGUCAGGAUCAGCCUGCUCUCAGAACACUACCAGCAGUAUGUGGAUAAAACAGAAUCUUGGAAAGUUUUCUCAGUUUGCUAACAUGGGGGACUUUACAGAACUUAACCCCAAUUUCACUGCUAUGGAUGCCUUAUCUUUCCUAACUUUGCAACAAAUUGCAUACUUCAGCGUAGAUUCCAACGUCACUAAUAAUUCUGCCGCAAUUGGCAAUAUUUUGGCAGCCGUAUCGAAUGUUAGUUCAGUGCUUGACUUCCUGUCUUCUCUGAAUGCUGCGGCCAUGGCGAAAAAUAUAAGUUCACUACAACCACCCCUGGCUCAAGCUCUGUUGAACAAGACAUUUGAAGCUCUCAGGGCCAAUAUAUCGAGCUUUAACGCCUCAGAUUGGACCCAGCUCUUCCAAAACACACUCAGCACGGUCCUGACUGAAAUCACCCCAGAUCAGCUGAACCUCAUCCCUCCAAACCUCAGCUGUGGCUCCUUCCAGGCUAUGAUUAAAGGCUUGGACUCGAAAUUCCCGAAGAUGAAUCCUGUAAAACAACAAACAGUUUUUCAAACAUUUGUGAAACCUUACUUGAACAAGCAAGGACCUGCCUGCUCCCAGAACCUUAACAGUAGUGAGCUGAUCAAUCAAAACUUGAAAAACUUUUCUCAGUUUCUUGACUACUCUGAUUUGCUGGCACUUAAUGCAAACUUUUCUGCUUUGAAUGCAUUACCCCUCCUGACUAUACGGCAAAGGGUAAACUUCACAUUGGGUGCAAACCUUUCAGCUGACCAAACUGCCAGCAUUGCUGGGACCCUACAGAAUGCUGGUGAUGUAUAUGACUUCCUGGGCCAGCUUAAUGACGCAUUUAAUGGGAGAAACCAGAGCAUGUUGCCGCAACCUUUGUCCCAGGCCUUGCUGAACCAAACCUUUGAUGUUCUCAAGUCCAACUUCUCCAACUGGAACAGCUCAGACUGGAGCCAACUCUUCCAAAAUAAGCUGAGCUUGGCCCUGCCUGCCAUUACCCCAGAUCAACUCAGUCUUAUAAACCAAAGCAUCUCAUGUGACUCUUACCAAGCCAUAGUUGCAGGUUUGAACAGCAAAUUCCCCCAAAUGACUCCAGGAACCCAGAAGAAUGUUUUUAAAAACCUGAUCCAACCUUAUGUGAAAAACAAAGGUCCAGCUUGUUCCAAGAAUGGAAGCAGCAGUGUUCUCCUAAAUCAGAACUUUGGAAAGUUUGCCGUGUUUGCAGAUUAUUCUGAGCUUGUCUCUGGUCUUGGCGAUAAAUUCAACGCUCUGGAUGUCCUGCCCUCACUCUCUACGCCACAGUUGGCCAACUUUGCCCUCAACACGAAUAUGAAUCCGCAAAUUGCCAACAGCAUUGUGGGCGCUCUACAGAACUCCGCUGAUAUGGACAACUUUCUCUCCAGUUUUAACGUGGCUCUAUCAUCUAACAACCAGACCUCUGUUGAUCCAGCUUUGUCCAAGGCUGUGCUUACCCAGAUCUUUCAGAAUUUGAAGAGCAACUUCAGUUCUUUCAAUAGGAGUGACUGGGCCCAGUUAUUCCAGGAUAAACUUACUGCUUUUUUGCCUGGUAUUACCCCAAACCAACUCAACACCCUACCAAAGAACUUGCCAUGUGACUCCUACCAGGCCAUUUUGAAAGGCCUGGAUACUAGUUCCCCCCAGAUGUCAACAGGAACAAAACAAAGCACUUAUAAUACCUUUAUCAAACCCUAUCUGACCACUAAAGACACUUCUAAUGCCAUAGUCUGCUAUAACCAAACCAACGCCAACUCCUCCGCCUGGCUUGUGACUAAUAUGGCUUCAUUCUUGUCAAGCACAAGUGAUGUGGAUCUGAUGCACUUUGCUAAUGAUACCAUGCUGCAAAUUUUUGCCAACGAUGCAUCCUGUGUUACACUGGCAAGUAAGCUGAAUUUCUCUCAGAACACAGCCGUUUAUUACACGUCACUUCUGACAUCCAGCGCAAAUUUCAAUCUCUCCAGUGCCCCUCCGGUAUUCCUCUGUUUCCUGAAGCCUUCUGCACUCAAGAACCUGACUGUAGCUGAUUCUUUAGCUCUUACCAACAAAAUCAACAAGCAAUGUUUCACCACUGCUCCAGGGCAGGCAGCUUCUAACCCCACCACUGAGCAGCUGCAGAUAGCCAUGUCUCUGGUCAGCCAACUGACCAACUUCUCAUCUAACACGAUUACUGAUCUGGGCCAGUCAGCCGUGGGUCUGUCUCCAGGACAAAUUGACAAAAUAAGCGAUAAAGACUUACAAUCCAGCGUGUCUUCACUGGCCAGUGUCAGCGGCUGGAACAAAGGCCAAACCAGGUCUAUCAUGAAAAAACUCUUGAAUUCAAACUUCACAAUUGCAAACUUGACAAACCUUGGCAGUUUGGUGAGUGGAUUGCCGAGUCAGAAACUACUGGAGCUGGACCCGAAGAAUGUGGUAAAUGCUGUGAAGGAUGCUCAGUUUGCAAGCCAGCUGUCUAGCGCACCAUCAGCCCUGCAAAAUGCAUUUGUAAAACAGAUUAUUGCUGCAGAUUCCAAUCCAUCAAGCAUUGUGAAAAAUGUUCCUGCAAAUUUGGCUUCUUUCAUCCCCAGUUCCAAACUGAUUUAUAAAUCUGACAAGCCAACUUUGCAAGACCUCAACAGCAAAUCAUGGACCCCCAACCAGGCUGCCAUGUUUAUGGAUGACGUGCUGUCUACUACAACCAAUUACACACAGAUUUCUGCAUCUGUCCUACAAGGUUUUACUUGCAGCACCCCCAGCAAAAUAGAUAACAACCAGCUAAAGGCCCUGGCCAAAGCUUUGAAGACACAAAGUGCUUCGCUUAGUGAAGCUCAGCUGACCUGUCUAUCUAGGCAAGUGACCAAGAAUGGCUACCCAGCAGAUCUGGAUCAGUAUCCUACAGAAGUGUUCCUGUUUCUAAAUUCCUCUAUGUAUAUAAAUGGCUCCAUUGGUUGCCAAGACUUCUAUGCCAAAGUCGGAUCUGCAAAUGUCAGCAUCCUACAGAAAGGAUCUAAGCUUCGCAACAACCUUCUAACUCAAGCUGUGUCUUGUUUGAAUGUUACAGGCUUUAAUCUGACAGACGCGAACAUCCAGCUACUUGGUCAAUUGACCUGUGACCUGAACGCCACUUUCAUUGAGAGUUCCUCAGGAUCAGGAACUUUACUCUCAUACUUGUCUCAGUGUAAAUCCUUCACUGAUGCUCAACAGACCUCCAUCCAAAAAGUUCUCAGCAGUGCAAACUCCGCAUUUGGGAAUUCAUCCACCUGGACGCCAGACACACUAAAUUCACUUGGAGGAAUAGUUGCAUUUUUAGGCCAAUCCUCAAUAGGAACUAUUCCCAAGGAAAAUUUUAAUUCCUGGAUGAAGACUGCUGUACAAAAUUCUGCCUACUCAAGAGACCAGUUUGCUACCUUUGUGAAAUAUCGUGCUUCCUCCAGAUCACGACGUGCCGCGGAUUGCCAAAGCGGCAAGCAGAUUACAGCUAGCAAUGUGAACGAUCCUCUCCUCCCGCUGAAUUACAAUGUCGCUGAUCUGGAUGCCUGCUUGGAUAAUGAAACUCUUCUAAAUUACCUGAGCAUCUUGAGCAGUAGGGCGUUCACGAAUGAGCAACUACAAGUCCUAAAGAAUAGACUUGAUGUGAUCUAUCCUGGAGGUUACCCAGAAACUCUUUUAAGCAACCUGGGAGCCAUCAGCUUCCUGUGUACAUCAGCCGAUAUUACCAAAUGGAAUAUCACCUCCGUAGACACUUUGGGAAGUUUGCUGACAGCAGGACCACCAAACAACCUGGCCCAGAUUAUCAUUUCGCAGUAUAUUAAUUUGGGUAACCCAUUGAGUGGAGCGAUCAACACCAUUAGCAGCAAAUACAUAUGUCUCUUGAAUUCAACACAGCUGAAUCUUAUCACACCAACUGCUCUAAGUGAUGCCCAACCUCUAGACAUAUCAACCUGCAACCAGUCGGUGAAGGAUGCUAUGUAUAUUAAAGCGAACACAUCCUAUCAGGACGUGGCCAACCAAACAUCUGCCUAUUACAACCUUCUAAAGCCAUACCUAUCUGGUGCACCAUUGGCAGACCUGAAGACAUUCUCCGCCAAAAGUCCCAACAUGGAUAUCUCAACCUUUGCGAGCCUGAACCCGAACUCUGUGGUGAACCUCACAGUCAGCGAUGUAAAGAGCCUGCUUGGCAACAAUACUGCCGAUCUGCUCAGCCAGUUAUCAAGCACAACUGUCAGUCUAUGGGUCCAAAACCAGAAACAAUCUGACCUUGACACAUUGGGCCUGGGUAUCACAGGAGGAAUUCGGGAUUUUACCACCACAGCCACUACCACCGCCACCACCACCGCCACCACCAAAGCUAAUGCCGCUUCAGUUUUCCUACAGUCCCUAUCUUUUGUCCUGACAGCUGUGGGGGUCACCUUUCUUUUCUGAGACACUCAACCUUGAAUUGUGUCCAAGGACAGAUUCAGUUUAAUUAUGGACAACGCAAACCCUCAUUUUUGCUUUUUUCUUAUAUAUGAAAUAUGGGGUGGCUUUAAAGGAAUUAUUAUAUGUUGUUUGUGGAAAUAGCAAAGAUUGAAAUUAUGAUACAUGUAUAUAUACCAUUUGCCCAAAAAAGUGGACUAGUCCUCUAAAUGGAUAUCAGGCUUAUCACACUUUCUUUUCCUGUAGUUAUUUUUCUUUUUUCUUUUUUUAAGAUUUGUGAACAUUUUAAGUACCGUAUUUAUCGGGGUAUUGUGCGCACCCG